AUGCCCGCCUGGACCAAGUCUCUUGUCGGCCUGCUGGCGCUGGCUGGUGGCGCUGUCUCUUGCGCGCACCACGGCGAUACCGAGGUCGUUCCCGAGCAUGAGCGCGAGGAACUGCUGAAGAAGUGGGACCAAGAGUGGUCCUUCUCUGGCAUUGCUAGCUUCGCCCACCUUAAGCCGGUCAAGUGUCUUAUCGAGCCGAGCGAGAACUAUGAUAUCGCCGUCAUUGGCGCGCCAUUCGACACAGCCGUCAGCUACCGACCCGGCGCCCGCUUCGGACCCCGCGCCAUCCGCGCCGCCAGCGCCCGCCAGAUGUCCGGUACAUCCUUCAACACGCGCGCUGGCAUCAACCCCUACAAAUCGUGGGCUAAGAUCACCGACUGCGGCGACAUCCCCAUCACGCCCUUCGAUAACGGGCUCGCGGAGCGGCAAAUGUACGAAGCCUUCCUGGAGCUGGGCUCACGGAAGGUCGUGAACAAGGCCCCGAAAGGCGGCGACAGCAUUGGAACCGGGCACCCGAAGCUCGUCACACUGGGCGGCGACCACAGCGUUGCGCUGCCGGCCCUGCGCGCCCUGCACCAGAUCUACCAGAAGCCGAUUACGGUGCUGCACUUCGACGCGCACCUCGACACCUGGAAUCCCGUACGGUACUCCGCGUACUGGCAGAGCGAGCAGACGCAGUUCAACCACGGCUCGUUCUUCCACAAGGCCAGUCGCGAGGGCUUGAUUUGCAACUCGACCUCCGCGCACGCAGGUCUGCGCACCCGUCUGACCGGCGUGGAUGCGGGCGAUUAUACCAACCCCGGACCGGAGCAGGGCUUUAUUCGCAUCCAUGCGGAUGAUAUCGAUGACCUUGGUCCUAUGGGCGUUGUGGAGACUAUCAUCCAGCGUACUGGUCUGGACCCCGAGCAGCCGGUUUACCUGUCCGUUGAUAUUGAUGUCCUGGAUCCCUCGACUGCCCCCGGAACUGGAACCCCUGAGCCUGGCGGCUGGACUACGCGCGAGUUCAUCCGUAUUCUGCGCGGUCUUGAGAAGCUGAACCUGGUUGGUGCGGAUAUUGUGGAGGUUUCGCCUGCCUAUGAUAACAAGGGCGAGACUACUGCGCUUGCGGCUGCUCAGGUUGCUUUUGAGAUUAUUACUAGCAUGGUCAAGUCAGGUGUUAAGGAGGAUCUGGGUGGUUGGUAUGGUAACCUCUACGAGGAUGCUUCUGUUGGCGAGACGGAGUCUGCCGAUGUUUCUCGGGAUGAGCUCUAG